UCGUCAUCUUGAUUUAAGAUGUAGUUGUUCGGCAGAGUAGAGCCAACGGCAAAAUAACGGGAACGGGUUCGGUUUGGACAUUAAAACAAACGAGGGCAAACGCACUAAGCGUGGAAGCGGCGACACUUAAAAUACGUAACGUUUGGCUAUAACGCCGGCAUCAUCUGCUUCCAUUUCCUGGCAUCUGCAGAUGCAGGAGUAGCCAGUGGAGAACUGAAAUGAAAGAAGCAGCAGAGAGACAGGGAUGAAGAUGCUCUCCAUGUUCCUCCUGGACUUCCUGAUCAAUCCCAUUAGCUCAAUUUAGUUUUUUUUGUCAAGACUAGACUGUGGAAAAGUAGCUAUCACACAUUUUUGUAUUACCUCUUGCUUGUUGCCUGUUUUCUGGCAUCUUUGCAGAACACCAAUACUUGCUGCCACUCUUUUAUAGACAGGCGGUUAUUAGUUUAUUGAAAUCAUGGCAAACAUGUGCCCGUAUGGCCGCUUUACCCACGCCGUGGUGCGGGGCAUCCCAGAGACCUUUGGGAAAGCAGUGGGAGAUGGUGAUAAGAACGGGGAGACCUCUGUGGACCUGGCCAAAGCUCAGCGUCAGUUUGGUUGCCUGACAGGAGCCCUAAGGCAGAAGGUGGGCCUGCAGCUGAUCGAGAUCCCCCCUGACCCCGAGCUGCCAGAGAGCUGGAGGAUAGAGGAUGUGGCAGUCAUCCAGGGAGACACAGCGCUCAUCACCAGGCCCUUCAAACAGCAGAGACGCAGUGAGGUGGAGGCAGUGAGGAGGGUGGUGUCAGAGCUGAACCUGACUGUGGUGGAGAUGGGGGCUGAGGAGGGGGACUCUGGAGGGGCCACGCUGGAGGGCAGUGACGUCCUCUUCACAGGGAGGGAGUUCUUUGUCGGCAUCUCCUCCCACACCAAUCACAGAGGGGCUGAAGUGCUGGCAGACACUUUCAGGGACUUUGCUGUUUCCACCGUCCCCGUCUGUGGUGGAGCCCGCUUGAGAAACAUCUGCUCCAUGGGAGGUCCAGACACAAUCAUCAUCAGCAACAGUGAUGGAGCCAAGAAGACACUCCGGAUGAUGGAACAGCUGACUGAUCACCACUAUGAAGUGCUUACUGUUCCAGAGGAAUCGGCAGCAAACUGCAUCUACAUCAAAGGUCCGUCUAAACUGGACUUCCUGCUCCACCGGCCUGCAGAGGAAUGUCCUGACAGUGUCUCUGCCUUCCAGAAGCUACAAGACUACACCCUCCUGCCUACAGCCUGCAGCGAGGCCUCCAAACUGGGAGCGUCCCUGUCCUCACUCUGCCUCCUCAUAAACCGAAAGCACACAUAUUUCUGAAAACACUUCUAUCAGUAUGUACACAGCAUUUACCUGCACGUUCAUGGUGGGGUGAAGGGGAUUAGUCACAUUUUCCAGAUAAAAAUUCCUGUCUAUUUCUAGGGGGAAACAUUGACACACAGCAUCUGCAAACUGAAUUAUAAAACCACUAAAAUGCUACUGUACUUAACUUGCUAAGACAGAAAUAUGAAAUCAAUGUUGGUACCAGGUUUUUAAUGUUAAAAUGGAUAAAAUAGAAAUAAUGAAGUUUAAAAUUGACACUUGCUUAACCUAACUGCAGAAAAUGUAAGACACUAAGACCUGCAGAUUUAAACAUUGUACCCAAAUUCAUGUCUGCAGAUUGUCCACAAUCGGUUGUUAUCACUUUCAAUCCUCUGAAAGUAUAAUUACUGACACUCAAUAACAGGACGUGUAGAUGCUCGGUAUAGAAAUGCAGAGUUUUUAAAACCAAUUGGUUUAGCUUUCUUGUAGCAAGUUUAUUGAAGACAGUAGUUGGCUUGUGUAACUGUCGGUUCACUGUUGUAAUGUGUGUAGAAGUGCAUUAAAAAAUUACUCGCA